AUGAAGGCAAUCCAGACGUCUGUUGCGUCCACACAAACUUCCAUCUCCCUUGCCGACUUUGCCGAUCAGUCUGUAACCAGCACUUGUGCGGCUCCAGACCUGUCCGAGGCCCAUGACUCUGCCCUACCUAGAGAAUUUCGUAAUCGCAUUCACAACCUUUUUGAUCGCAUCGAACGGGAAUUUGAGCGCGAAUACCAGAAGUUAUGCGCUGAAAACUAUGCCCGUACGUUCAACACAAUCAAUAUCAGCGUUGAUUCUCAGUCAUUUGUUUAUCAGCGGUCUAUAUAGGUUCACCAGAGUUUUGUUUAGGCCAAACGCGCUCCCUUAACUGUUAAAAAUCCUCAGCAUUUAAGUGCUUCAAUUAUGUGAUUUUCUUAAUCAGUAAUUAUCCGUCCUUACAGCGUGAUGCUUAUGACCACUACCCUGCGGGCAGUUGUGACAUGAUUCUUAGUGGCGCGGGCUUGCGCCCCGCUGCCCCCAUCUUUUACCUCCUCUCAACUCCUAAUCGGAUGGACAGACUAGAUUAGGUAGCAGAUUACUGACACAUAGCCCCCAGUCUACCAGUGCCACAACCCAACUGGUUCGUCCCUGCCGACCAAACUAGUUCUGCCGUCGUAAACGAUAACUCCCACGGAGUGAAUAUCGCCAGUGACUUGCUCAUGGGAAGACGGACUCGCACAGAACCGACCACAUUCUUGCUCCUCUUACGAUGACAAGCCAAUGUCAAAAUGACCGGAGGUUGGGAAGGACGCAACACUCCCAACCGUUCGGUAUUCGGUCUGGCGUUCGAAAGAGUUGUAUCCUGUCGCCCAUUCUGUUCAACUAUGCUAUUGACUGGAUGCUCGGGAGGGCCAUACACGAGGGUAACGGCUUUGAGUUUGCACCCGGACACUAACUGACUGAUCUUGACUAUGCCGAUGAUAUCGCUUUACUUGCUUCAAGUUUUAGUGAUCUGCAGUUUACUGUGUCACGGGUGAACGAGAUCGCAAAUCGGUCGGUUUAUCCAUGAACGCUGGGAAGACUAAAGCGUUUUCAAGCGGCAUCCCUGACCAGGAGAAGGCACCCCUCGGGAUUGAUGGCUGUCAACUUGAAGAAGUAGACAGUUUGAAAUACCUUGAGGCGAGGCUGCUGCCUAAUGGACAGAGUAAGGACGACAUUGUCUCCCGAAUUGGUGCCGCCCGCUGGGUUUUCUCAGGCCUUUGGAAAUGCCUAUGGAUCCGACGUGACCUCUCUAUCGCCUCUAAGAGUCGCGUGUACGGUGCACCUGUCCGGUCCAUCCUUCUCUACGGCUGUGAAUGCUGGGCUUUGUGCGUGGAGGACGAGCGAAAACUGAAGGUAUUUGAACACCACUGCUUGAGGACCAUCCUUUGAGUAAAGUCCACCGACUUCGUCUCAGAUGAGACAGUCCGCGCUCGCUGCGACAAAAUCGAAGGACAAUCCAGGCCAUCCAAAAAGACAACUGAGGUAGUUUGGGUAUGCUCUUCGUCGUCCACCUCAGGAGCUCGGUGUUACUGCCCUCGAUCCGGCACCGUUGCCCCAUUGGAGGCGUCGAAGAGGUCAGUUCGAAACCUGGCUCGACAGAGUUCGUCAAGACAUGGAGGUGCUUCGGUAUUCGGUCUCCAUCGUUGGCGAAGGGAAUGAGUUGAGCUGUCCAGAUUUGCUGCCGUGUAUGGUCACGCGUGGAGAGGUACAGUUCGUGACGUCAUCGAGGCCGACUAGAUCAGGAAUGAUUGCAGCCAUAUCAAGUACAAGUAAGAUAUAGCACCGGAGAGAAAGGUCACGAGGGAUGAGGUCAGGGGGCGUGGAGCCAUACCAAGUAACUAAAUGAGCAGUGUGAGGUUCCUUGUCAACGAGGAAAAAUAGUAGUUGUGGCCUCCAGCCUUACACUUUGGGUGUUGACAGCUGUUAGUAGAGGAAUUAGUAAUUGUUCGCGCACUUGCUGGGCAGUGUCUGAGGGCCUCUGCAAGAGUCAUAUCGCCUUGUCCUCUAACCGUCAUCUACAGUGAGCAGGUUUAGUGCAUUUAUGCAAAGAAAUAACCGGCCUUCACUUAUAUGCAUAUAUAUUGUCCUCCUCCUGUUCAUUCUAGUGCAAGAAAAACUGGAGAAGUUCGAAGAGGGCGACCACAAUGAGUCUUCCAAUUUUUCGAAGAAAUGUGAGUUCUACUGGAGUAAACAGUGGGUGAAAAAUUUGUGCGAUCUCUUUUUUUGCAUGUUUUUGCAUUCUGUACGCCCUGUUUGACACAAUGAGAUUCUUCUAGGAUAGCAUGGAUACUCCGCUUUUUUGUCGUAAACAGUCUAAACGUAGCGCAGACUACAAGUGCGGGUUGUUUACGCAGGCAUCAUUUAAAUUUGACUGCCUAGAUCGGUGAAUAAAAAGCCGACUGCCAAGGCGUUAGAUAAGUCGGAAAGGAAGCUGAAAAUAGGGCGAAAUCUAAAGAGUUCGCUCGAUCUCACGACCUCCAUCUAGGGCUAUGAUGUCCGCUGCUUAUCUAACAGCAGCGAACAAGUAUUUGAAAGCACAAGGACCCAGUCGAACUGCAGAAAACACCAGACCGAUAAUUUGAUCAUGUUUACGGUGCUCUGACGGUCACAUUAAAGGGACGCGGGGAAGGGGGGAGGGGACGGUGCAGGAACGGCAUUGUGACAGACCUUUCCUUCCCUCUGGGAGAUGUUCAUUCCUCGGGGUGCUGCUGGGGCCCAUUGAGAGCUGUUUGCUACUAAUACGGCCUGAAGUCAGUCACCUCAGUCGUCUACUCAUACGACCGAGAUUGUGGCGUUCUGCAAAUAGCCUGGAGAGCGACGGACCGCCCUUGUGCCAAAGGGGACCUUCGAAGCCAGCCCUUUGGUCCACAGUACGGUCACUGUUCAGCAGGUCAUUUUUGUGGUAGACAGGCGCUCACCGAUCGUUUCCACGGAACUCAUUUGCCCCGUUGUGCACUACGGGCUCUCUCUCUCAAGCCCAAACAGCAGCCGCACAGCGGCGCAUGAUAUAGGCAGAAUGGCAUUACCGACAAAGACAAGGGAGACUGGAAUGGCUACUUCUGGCUUAUUAGCCGUCGUCAGCCAGCCAUACCCAACCCCGAAGUGUGGAACACCCGAGGCUCGAACUCGCGACCUGUUAUUUAGAAGUCCACGCCUUUAACCACUGGGCCACGAGCCCGUUGCCUUGUCGGUUUCGAUCGGGAAUAUUCAAUGGUAGGGGGCGCUCACCGAUCGUUUCUACGGAGCUCAUUCGUCCCGUUGUGCCUUAUGGGCUCUCUCUCUCUCUCGAGCCCAACCAGCAGCCGCACAGCGGCGCAUGAUAUAGGCAGAAUAGUAUUGCGGACAAAGACAGGGGAGACGGGAAUGGUCAUUUCUGGCUUAUUAGCCGUUGUUGGCCAGUCGUACCCAACCCCGUGGCUCAGUGGGUAGAGGCGUUGGACUUCUAACUACCAGGUCGCGGGAUCAAGCCCCAGGUGUUCCACACUUCGGUGUUGGGUAUGACUGGCUGACGACGGCUAAUAAGCCAGAAAUAGCCACUCCAGUCUCUGUUGUCUUUGGCAGCAAUACUAUUCGGUAAUUUUUGUUGUUGUUUCGUGCCACGCCUGACUGAUUGAUGCAGUUUCCACUUGGCAUUUCCACUUUUGUCUAUGCAAGCAAAGUCACGGCGACUGAAAUGCCGACGCCAUUGAGUUCGCCUCUCUUUAGAAACUUUGACUUCGUUCAACUCCCUUCCUUCUACGAGGGUGUUUCAGCCCCCAAAGUGAACGAAGUGUACAAGCGGUAAACGGGGCCGACAAGAAAUGCUCUACUUCCAUCAAGUUGGUCUUAACUCGUAGCACAUCGCCGCCUAGCGGUAGUUUAGUACUGCGCUUGGGGUUUACGAUGACUCUCUAUCUCCACCAUAUUCGCCUAUCCUUGCCGGCCUUUUUUGCUAAUCAUCAUAUCCACCUGUCGGGGCCGAGUGAUAUCUAGGGUCACGAGACUUAGCAGCGAGACUCGUAGCUGAGUGCCUCCAAUGUCUCUGUUCUUCGCCCUUUUUCGAUAGACGACAGCACAGGUCUAGGGCCACAUUGUCUCAUUUGAUGCGCUAUGCCCUUAACCGACAUUGCGCUAAAAGCUGUCGUUUUUGAUCUCUUGUCCACUGCACGCACAGUAACUGCCAGUCAGCUGUCGCACCGAAUUAAACAGCAGUACAAACAGUCCACCUCUCGCCUCGUCUCAACUCUCCGACCAAUCGGCGGAGGUCUGUCCUUACCGGCACCGACCUCCCUUGCUUGCGGCGGUGGCGGCGGCAGCAGCAGCAAUGCCAGUGCCGGUGCCGGCGAAUCGGCGAUGCGCUGCAGUGCCAAUACGACUGCUGCUCCUGGCUGGGGCGCGGCUGGCUACAAUCGGUCCUGGAAGUUGGCCAAUCGGUUUGUCGGUCAUAGGGAUGGCAUUUGGGAGGUGACCGCUUUCCAGAACCUCGUGGCUACAGCCUCUGCGGAUACAACCGUGCGCCUGUGGAGCAAUUCAGAACUCGCCAAGUGGGUCGCGCCUCACUCAGAUAUCUUCCUUUGCCCUCUCCCUCAUCUCGUUUGGGUGCUUAAAAGCUCCUUUUUUCUCUCUCUGUGGGCUCAAAUGCAGCUGCUUACUGGUAUAUUUGGGCCACUCGGGCUCCGUGAAUUCGGUGCGGUUCCGCGCUGCUGAUCAGCUGAUGUUGACCUGCAGUGGUGAUGGGACUGCUCAUCUCAUUCGACUACCGCAGAAAUUCUUCGAGGCCAAUCAGACGGGUGAUACAUCCGCAGCGGAAAUUUCAAACGACUGUCCCGCCGCCGUCAAAAGUCAUCCGUCUACUGGUAAGUACCUCUGCUUAUGGCACUCUCACAUAGUGGAAUCCACGCUGAGUAUGGUAGCACGCCUAGGCGCGGGUCCGGCCGCGCCGGCCACCUGCGCCCUCUCCUGUCUCCGAUCUUCUUGA